AUGGCUUCAUUGAUCAAUAAGGAACUUUCUCACAUAUGUGACACAGUUAAUAAUGCGGACUCGUACCGCAUAUUAAGGGGCCGGGUGAAUGGUAUAAGAUAUUCCCCGGAUGCACGACUAAUGCCCUACUUGGAGCUAGUUGGAUUCGGGUUAGUAGCAUUGACCCGGACGUUCGAUUUGCGGUACAAUUUAAUAUCCGCAUUGGUCGAGCGUUGGCGACCGGAAACCCACACUUUUCAUUUGCCGUGUGGGGAGUGCAUAGUCACUCUGGAGGAUGUUGCAUUAAAGUUUGGGCUCCCAAUCGACGGGGAUGCCGUCACGGGCGUAAGUGCGAUAGCUGAGCCGGCUGCACUUUGUUAUAGCCUACUAGGAGCCUCCCCCGGCGAUGCUGAGUCUACUUUUUCGGAGUUGAAAUUUACAUGGCUAAAAGUCAAUUUUCAGCAUUUAUCAGAUAAUGCCACCAAAGAAGAGUUGGUGUGCGCAGCUCGAACGUACAUUAUGCAUAUCAUAGGGGGUGUACUGAUGUCCAAUUCGAACAACAACAAGGUUCAUCUCCAGUAUUUACCUAUGUUAGCUGAUCUGUGUAGUGUUCGCUUCUAUAGUUGGGGUUCCGCAGUUCUAGCUAUGUUGUAUCGUGAGCUUUGUCGGACGACAAAGCCUGAUGCUGUAGACAUGGGCGGAUGCCUUAUAUUGUUGCAAUCAUGGGCUCUUUAUCGGAUGCCAUAUGCAGUGAGAUCUUCAUUUUCCUCCAUACCGGCUAACUCAGCAAAUAAAUGA